AAAGUAGAAUACGGAAAACCCCUCUUUCAUAUUCUCUUUCUACGCUUUCUCACUCUAGAAACGGAAGAUCUGCCAUGAAAGAUACCCCCAAAGGAUUUCACUUUCAAGCCGUACACUUCACAGUUCGAAACGUCAAAAGAAAAAAAAGAGCGUGUUUGUUGUGACUCAUUCUCUCUCAUCGUUUUCCAUUGAGAGAGAGAGAGAGAGAGAUACAGAGUGAGAGAUUGGUGGCUUCCCUGCUCUGGCGGUGCAUGCUUGGUUAGAGACGAUGUUUGAAUUGAGAGACGGCAGUUGCUUUCCACGUGUCCUGGCGGCUGUCAAUGUGGUUCUUGCCUGCAUCGAUGGUGUCGUUGCUCUUCUUGCAUUCUCUCAGUUAAUAAGGAUCCACUCAAGGAGUAGACAACUUGGUUGGACUCGCCAAAAAGUUUUUCAUCUCAUAAUUGGAUCUUCUAAUGUGGGUUACUUCCUUUAUUUUGUUUUAACUCUUGUGGCUACCUGUAAGGGUUGGCUAUGCUGGUCGAAUUCUUGUGGCUUUGUUCUCAUGGCCUGCCCCAAAAUUUUGCUUCUUGCAGCAUUUCUUCUACUUUUAUCAUUCUGGGUCGACCUUUGCCAUCAGCCAGAUGAUGAAGAUGAUGAGGAUGAAGAGUCUAGUUCUCAGGAAGCUUUGUUGGAAAAGACGUUAAAUUUGCCAAGCUCAUCAAAUAAAAAUAGUCAUAGAAAAUGUUGCUCUCUCCGAGCCAUCCAUAUUGGCAGCCGUCAAAAAAUUGUCAUUUUGGUUAUUGUGCUUAUUUUUGUUUUAAUGGUUACAUUUGCCGUGCUAAUCUGGAUUGGAAUGGGAAAGAAUCUUAUUGAUUCAUCAGUAGUGGCUCGGGUAUAUGUGGACCUUUUUUCCAUAGCAAUCCUUUUGUUAGGAGGGGCAUUAGCAUGUUAUGGAUUAAUGUUGUGCUUGAAAAUGAGAAAAGUAAGAUCUGAGAGAGCUUCAUCAGAAAUGUCAAAGGUUGCAGGAUUGGCUGUUGUUUCCGUUAUAUGUUUUACCUCAAGUGCUUUUGUGGCUCUUUUUACCGAUAUUCCAAUGCUCUAUCAUUGGCAUCCACAGCCCGUAAAUGGUGUUUCUACUUCACUUUUACUGAUUUUGUAUUAUUUUAUAGGUUCAUCAGUACCUUCAGCAUUUGUCUUAUGGGUCAUGAGAGAAUUACCACCCUCAAUUACAACUGUCAUAUAUGUCGAAUCAAGACCAGUAACAUUCAUCAGUGAUAGUUCAGAAUCUGUAAAUCAUCCUCAACGGUGGUCUACUGCCACAAGCUCACAAAAUCAGAUAUCAAGAGCAAGUCCCAUAUAAUUGGCAUUGACUUUAGCAGAUGCCAAAUUCAAAAAGCCAAAGAUGGCAUUGCAGAACAAACUGGGUAGAUAAAAAUUGGAUUGUGACAUUAUGCAUUGACCUCAAUGAAAGCUGAUGAAUUACUUCCUCCAUAGGCAGUCGGAGUACAGCUGUAAGGUUGCCGGUGCCUGCUUUUUGACGUUUAGGCAUGUAUAUAGUGGCAAGGUGCUAAUUGAGCCUCUUUAUCUUCUCAUUUUUCCUGGAUGGAUGCUGCCUCUGGCUACUUAAUAGAAUUUUUAGUUUGGUUAAUUGCAGCCUUUAGUGGAUAGUGCUUUUGAUGUUCCAGUUA